AAUACAAUAAAAAUCUUCGGAUAUUCCACUGGUCUGAGCUCCCCUGUUUUUGACGCUGUUGACAUUGAAAUGAUGUUUCAUAGUUGUCUGAUUCAGUUCUUCGUUUUCAACUGAUUAAUCCAGGAAAACCCAGAAGAAUAAAACAAAUGAAAAUGAUAGAAUUAAUAGGUAGGAGGCGUUUAGAUGCAUUCAUCUCCAUAUUCGUUACAGUGCGCCCUCAUGAGAUCCCUGCUCUGCUCCACUCUUCUUCUUGUUUCUUCUUUAUUUUGUGCGCGUAUUUUGUGGUGCUGCCAUUGAGAGACGAAGGGGCAAUUUCCUUGGGAUUAUCUAAUUUGCCUGGAUUGUUUAUUGGGUCUUUACUUUUGACUUUGAUAGCUGCUCCUGUUUCAACUCUCAUCUUCUCUUUGCCUAAUCUUUCCAAAGUCAAGGCUUUGGUUUUGAUACACAGGUUUUUUAGUGUAUCACUUGUUGUGUUCUUCAUUCUAUGGCAUACUUCAUCAACGGAUUCAUUGCGAUCCCAGUCAAAGGAUUCAGUUGCCUUUUCCACUGAACUAAAAGUCAACAUUGAUCAAGCCAGCCCUGUUGAUUCCAUAGGUUGGGGAAACCAUGGUUGGUUUUAUGUUUCAGUGAGAAUUGGAUUGUUCCUUUGGGUUGCCCUGCUUAACCUUAUUACCAUCUCUUCAACUUGGGCUAGAGUAAUUGAUGUCAUGGAUAAUGAGUCAGGUUCAAGAUUGUUUGGUUUCAUUGGUGCUGGUGCAACGCUUGGCCAGCUUUUUGGGUCUUUGUUUGCCUCAGGAAUGGCCUGGCUGGGGUCAUUUCUACUCCUAUUUGCUGCCAUUUUGAUGGAACUAGCGGCACAGUCAUCAAAAGGGAUCAGCAAGGAUAUAGCGCAUCUCCCUGAAGAGUUAUCUCCUAUCAGAAAAGCUGACUUGGAUCAACAAAAAGAUGCUGAUGAUGAGCAGACUGCAUCUAAUGUCAAAGUUUCUUCUCCCAAACCAACUACCUCUCUGGUGGGGCCUCAGCUUUGGGCCAUCUUAGAUGGCCUGCGGCUCAUAUUGUCAUCAACGUAUUUGUUGCAUGUGUCAUUGUUCCUCUGGUUGAGUGCAGUUGUCUCCUCUUUCUUUUAUUUUCAGAAAGUAAAUGUAAUUGCCAUGACAGUUGCAAGCUCAGUUGGCAGAAGAAGAUUGUUUGCCCAGAUAAAUAGCUUUAUUGCUGUUUUCAUUCUCACUGGACAACUUACCUUAACGGGGCGCAUUCUUACUGUUGCUGGGGUUACUAUAGCUCUAUGUUGCACUCCCUUUGUUGCUUUCUUAAAUCUGGUUGCGGUUGCUAUAUGGCCAACUUGGAAAGUGGUUGCCCUUUCUGAGACCCUAAGAAAGGUGGUCAAUUAUGUUGUGACCAAGCCUGGAAGAGAACUUCUAUUUACCGUUGUUUCCGAGGAUGAGAAGUACAAAGCUAAGAUAUGCAUAGAUGUAAUUGUCCAGCGACUUGGUGAUGCUACAGCAGCAGGAAUUUACAAACUACUUUUCAGCAUUCUCAAUGGGAGGAUAUCAACAGUUUCUCUAUAUGCACUUCCUGUCUGUUUACUUUGGAUAGUCACAGCAUUUUACUUAGGACACCGUCAAACACAAUUAGCAAAGCUGCAGAUUGGGUCCUCAUCUUGAAAAUUUCUGAAAGAUGAUUCAUUUCACAUAUCUUUGGGAGUUGAAGAUGCACAGAUCAAAAUCCUUUCAUUUAUCAACAUGUUUGUGAGAAGUAACAUUUUCUGUGAGUUGCUUUGAUGAUGGCAUUAGUUGAGGAGCACUGCAAUACAGUCCAACUUGUAUGGAGUUUCUUGUUAUUCUUCUUUGUUAAGGUUAGAAAGGUUAUUUCAUACAGUUUAAACAGGUGUAAUAGCGGCAUCAGCUGGUCCAUUGUUGGCUUACAAGUUUCGGACUGUUUGGCAUCUUCAUUUACAGUAAGAGGUUGCCGUUUCUGUGCACCGUGCAGCUAAUCGACAACUACAUGUUAAUUUGCUUUUCCUUUGUGAAUUGAUAACCUUCUUUCCCAGUUUUAGUAAAAUAGUGUUGCCCAAAAGUUACCAGCUUGUAAGAUAAGAUUCCAACAACAUUAGUUACACUUUUUUCAUCAAGGAAAAACAAGAUUUUUAGAACUUAUAGUUGACAUUGGAGUUGCCUAGAAGUUUUCUACAGAUGUCUGCAUAUAUUGUACAGUUGUACCAGUUUUUGGCAUUUGAAACAUUUGAAAUGCAAUUGUCGAGAGCCGGUUGGCUGAAUCUUAUCUUGUAAUACCCAAGGUGUGAAUUCUGAAACUAGCAAUUCAGUUUCAAUGUAAUGCAAAAAAUUGAUGGUAUAACAGUUAUGUUAGUCUUUCAACUCAAGUUGCAAAGAAUUUUGUUUGA